AUGGUCAAACUACCAGAUUAUUUUGUUUAUCAAAUAAGAAAAAAUCCCGGGGGUAUAAAUGUCAUUCCACUUUACAUUUCCAUUCAGUCUCCUCUUCUUCCUUAUCUCAUAAUAUUCAUUCAUCAUGAAUCUUCACCACCACAACCACCGCACAAAACCAUCCUAAUUACCACCGCCGCCGCAAGGCACCAUGAAGCCCAACCUCCGGGGUCCUACCCGCCACCAUCGCGGGGAAUAAAAAAAGGGCCUACUCCUCUGCAGAAAAACACGGGGGCCGCAAACAACCACCCGCAAUUCAACGAAGCACCCGCAUUCCGCAACGGCAACUCCUGCUCACCUCCCCAACACCACCACCACAACUCCACCACCACCACCGCCGCCGCCGCCGCCGACGACGACGUCCACAUAGCAAUGACACUGGACUACUCCUCCCCAUACCUCCGCGGCUCCAUCGCCGCCGUACUCUCAGUCCUCCAGCACUCCACCUGCCCAGAGAACACUGUCUUCCACUUCCUGGCAACGCCCAACCACCACCCCCAACUCCUCACAACCAUCACCACCACCUUCCCGUACCUAAACUUCCACCUCUACUCCUUCAACCCCGCCACCGUGAACCACCUAAUCUCCACCUCCAUCCGCCGCGCCCUCGACCAGCCCCUGAACUACGCCCGCAUCUACCUCGCCGACCUCCUCCCGCAAUCCGUCGGCCGGAUAAUCUACCUCGACUCCGACCUCAUCGUCGUCGACGACAUCGCCAAACUCUGGCGAAUAAACCUCAAUUCCCACGUGCUCGGAGCCCCGGAAUACUGCCACGCGAACUUCAGCCAUUACUUCACACCCAAGUUCUGGUCAAACUCAAACCCUUUCUUCUCCACCACCUUCAGAAACCGGAAGCCCUGCUACUUCAACACCGGAGUAAUGGUGAUCGACCUCGCCAGGUGGCGGAGCCACCGCUUCACGCGGAAGCUCGAGUACUGGAUGAGCAUCCAGAAAAGAUACAGGAUCUACGAGCUGGGAUCUCUGCCGCCGUUUCUGCUCGUCUUCGCCGGAAACGUGGAGGCGGUGGAGCACCGGUGGAACCAGCACGGGCUCGGCGGAGAUAACCUGGAAGGGCUGUGCAGAGAUCUCCACCCGGGUCCGGUGAGCUUGCUGCAUUGGAGCGGGAAGGGGAAACCAUGGCUGAGGCUCGACGCCAAGAAGGCUUGUACCUUGGAUUAUCUUUGGUCGCCUUAUGACUUGUACAGGCAUGCGUCUCUAUAUUCGGACGGCUGAACUCGACCGCAGAGGAUCGCAGCCCCCGGAAGAAAUUAAAAUUACCACUAAUACCGUCGUGACUAAUUGAGGUGUGAUGAGUUGGUGACAGUUGGGAGAAGAGGGGGGAAAGUGAAUUGUAAGGCAAAUGCAUGGUUGAGGGAGAGGACAAAAGUUUGGAAGAAUAUUAUGAUGACGUCAUUAUCAGGGGUAGCAUUGGAAUGCGUGAAUUUUGUUUUUUUUUUUAGAGUUAAAUGUGGUGUAUUGGAUUUUACACAGCUUUAAUAUUUUGAACAAUCUGAUGGCCGGUGGAAUGUAGGUGGUGGCGGGAGGCGGCUCAGCCGUGUGAGGGUAUAUUAUUUUUUUUUUUUGGUAGAAUAAUAAAACCAAGUGGUUGUUUGUUUGUGAUGACGUUAAUUGGGUGGUGGUGGGUACAUAUAUAUAUAUAUAUAUUUUCACUUGUGACAUAUUUUUCCUUGAUUAUUUAUGAGCUCACAUGAAUUUUGUAAGUAUCUUCUAAGAUUCUUGUGUUUUU